GGACGCGUAUUGCCAUUUUAGCCCGAGCAGCGGAGCGUGAGGUUGUGCCGUUACGUUGUUGUGCGUUACCUGCUGUGCUAAAGUUUGUAGCCGCCUCCAGUAGUGCGCAAACAUGGUACAAGGAUGUGGGAUGUCGUGUGUUAAAAACCUACUGUUCAUAUUUAACUUCUUUUUUGCGAUAUCUGGCAUCGUAAUUAUUGUGUGUGGUGGCUACAGCCUGCAUCUUUUCAAGAAAACAGGGCCAGUCAUUGGUGAUGACUAUGUAUCUGCUCCUGUCAUCCUCAUCGUUGUUGGUUCCAUUGUAUUCCUCGUCGCAUUCUUGGGAUGCUGCGGUGCUAUGCAGGAAAGCUACUGCAUGCUAAUGCUGUUUUCAGUAUUUUUGUUCCUGAUCCUGGUUGCUGAAAUAGCAGCUGGUGCACUGGGCUUUGUCUACAAGGACAAGGUUGAAAACCUUGCUCAAGGAAGGUUUAUGCAAACCUUGAAAGACUAUGACAGGGAAGGUGAAGGCAAGGUGACCCCAGUUCGGGAAGCCUGGGAUUUUAUCCAACACGAGCUGAAGUGCUGCGGUGUAAAUGGACCUGAGGACUGGAGACAAACUAAACUUGGUCAUCCACCAGGCAGCUGUUGCACUGAUGGUGAAAACUGCCAGAAACAACAGACUUACUACCAAAAGGGCUGCUAUGACAAAGUGAAAGAGGACCUUUCACAAUAUGCAGUCUAUGUUGGAGUUGCAGGAAUUGGCAUCGGUUUGAUUGAGAUAAUUGGAAUUAUUUUUGCCUGCUGCCUUGCUAACCAAGUGAAGUAAUGAUGAACAUCGUGCAAAGUAUAUAAUGGCUAUUGGUCUGCUCAUUCAAUUCAUGGCAGCUGCUACAAGUCACACCCUGUGUUUUGAUCCCAUACCAGACAAGUUCAUGUGCUAUUUUCGGCAGGAAACCUUCUGUCCUUUUGUCAACCAAAGCUCAUCCCUACCUUGUGUACCAUAUCGUUGUGCCUUAAUAUUGUUGAACAAGAAAUGUUUUUGAUGUUGCUGAGCUUUGACCCUCACAGUUGCACCGCUUCUCAUCUCGGGAAGGGACAGGUGCGCACUACAAGAUCAACCCCGUUUUCAUUACAUUUGCACAAGUUGAGACAAGUGGCUGUCUCAUGUUGCAGUGUACCUCAAGAUUUGUAUUGUCUGUAAAUAGCUGUUGUGUGUCUGACUAUUAUGGUGGGGAGUUUUAUAUAUAUCUUUCAAUGCUAGCUGCUGUGGCCAUUUUCUGGCAGCAAUGAGUGCAUUCUCUAAAAGGCUAUUUUUUUAAAGAUCGAUAUAAGAGCCUGAUAGGCUUGUAUUUUGGCAGCAAGAUUUGUCACUUCUGUAGCUUGUUAAUUUACACAAGUUAUCUUGUUUAGAGUCAGUGGCUACAGUAUUUACAAAUGCGUGUUGUUCACUGUAAUUUAAUAAAGUUAAUCCAUGCUUGUAAAUUGAAAA